UUCUGUCUGUCUAAUUAUUAUUAUUUUAUUUUGCCUGCCAGUUUGUUUGGUUUAUACAUUUGGGUUGUUUCAUAGUUUAUUCAUAGCUUUAGAAAGGGCGCGCGGGAUUAUUGAUUUUAUGAAUAGUUUUUGAAAUUGUAUGGAGAUAUCAAAUUCUUAAUGCGAUUAAUAAAUCAGAAUCUUGUAGAAAAUCAUGAGUGUCUUUAAUAGUUCAAACACUUGUUCAUCCAAAUUUAUUUGUAGCCCUGCAUUGAAUUCAUUGGAAUCUUCAUUGCAUUUAAGUUUAUCUAGCUUUAAGGAUAUCUUAUUGGAAUUUGAACAACUUUAUAUCAGUUCAGAACACUAUAAAACACAAUUGGUAGAACAAAAAGAAAAAUGUGAUAGCAAAUGCUGCAAGAGUUCAGAGGCACUAAAAGAAAUUAUAACUGCUAAAGAUAAAAUAAUUCAAUUAACAGCUUCAGCUCUAACAAAGUUAAAUGAGACCAAAAACCUCAACAUAAUAAAAGAAAUCUUCAAAAUUCUUUUUGGUGACACCACUCAACCUUCACCAAUAAAAACUUCAAAAAUAAAAAAGGAACUACAAUCUCCCACUUAUAGUCCAGAUAAAGAUACACUAUUAAGUUCUAAUGUGGAUGUAAAAGAAGAGUCUGUUUUGGAAAUCGAGGGAACACCCACUGGCCGUACAAGUCCUAUUAUACAGCCAAAAAAAUUACGUAAUGGACUAACUAGUAAUUCUUCCGAUUUUAGGGACAAAAAGAAAUGUCCUAAUGACUGGCCUUCAUCUGAAACCAAAGCGAUAAAAUUAGUUUUUCCAACUUCAACACCGACCAAAGGGAAGAAUGUCCAAGGGAGGAAUCUCCGUCUGAAGCAGACCAAGUUUCAAGUGAUGAAGAUGAAACAGAGUAAUACAAUAGAUGUGACGAGUUCACCAGAGUUCACUGGUGGGAUUCGAGUCGCUAGGAGCGACAGCUUGGUCGGCGUACAGCCUUUGAUCAAGAAAGAGUCAAUAGAAAAUGAAGAUACAAUACUCCCUUCACCUACGAGUGGUCCUACUAACUUCUCAGCGUCAUAUAAAUCUGCUGUCAAAAGUAGCCCUAGUAAAUUCAAGACACCUUUACUAUCCAAUGAUAGUCUUUUAUUUUAUCACUUGUUAUCUGAUUUCAAUCGAGACAAUUCUCGAUUGAAAUCAGAUAACGUACUUACAGAAAACAAAUGUGACGAAAAGGAAACAUCGGAUAUAACAAUUGAAGAAUCAAUUAAUUUGUUACAGCCCAAGAGAAAAAAUGGACUAAAAAGACAAUCACCUGUAAAAUCUCCCUUUAUAGACAAAGACGUAACAGAAUGCGAGACACAGAAAGACGAAAGUUUGUCUUUAUUGCAUCAUGUUAAUAUGUUAGAAGCCAAUCAGGAGAAUAUCACACAAAAAACCCCACCGAACAGCCCCAACAAAAGACCACUAGCGGAGAACAUAAACGUGAUCAACUUGCCCGAGGACGUCCACAUCAAAUCGAGUAUGUCGUUGUUGAGUCGCGAGGUCAAAACUGAGGAUAAGAGAAGAAUGCCCUAUCCCAUGGAGCCCAUUUAUAAAGAGCCGACAGUGAGGAAGAAAGCUGAGAAGCGAGCCUUGCCGGGCUGGAGCUGUGACGAGUGUAAAAAUUUCUACGCCGAGCUAUACAAGGACGACCCGGAGAUGCUCGCGCAGAAGAUGCACGAGUGCUCCAAACACCGCGGCAGGAACAAUCCUGUGCGACCCAAAACUCCUGAGGGGUUCUGGAACCCGAGGUGGGACGUCCCGAAUAACACUGAGGAGUUUAAUAGGAGGAACAAUGCAGUUUGAUUUGUAUUUAUUGUAUCUAUAGAUUUACGCAAAAUAUUUUCUUAGUUUAUUAAAAAAAACAAUUGCGCCGGACUUUUUGGCUUAAAUUGGGAAAAUAUUCGGUGCUAAAUGGGUGCGUCUUGAAAGUGAAGAAAUUAAAUGAGGGUGUUGUACUCUGUUGGCGGGCAACACUGCAUGUUUAGGAGCCAAUCCUGACCAUUCUAUUUGGUAUUGCAAUGGCAAAAAAAUGUAGUUCGUCCAAAAUCUGUUUUCUUUGCUUUCUUGACUUGUCUCUAAAGUGUUUAUGUAAUCUAUGGGUUUACUCCCAGAUCUUUAUGCUUAUUAUAUUUCAUGACAGUACAGAAUAUGAAUAAAUGUGAUAACCUUCAUUGUAGAAUAGAAAACAUUAUUAUUACAAAUAGCAAUCGAAAUACACUGGUCUAUGGAUCACAAUAAUACUGUGUGAACAAUACGGCUACUAACCACUAGAUAUCGAUAGGUAGUCGUAAAAGUCAUGUCAGAUGCCUUUAGGCGACUUGAAUAAGAAUACUUGCAAGAAUUGGAUAAACGCAGAUUGUGCAGUCAAUAGAUCUAUAGACAUCACCAUCACCAUCACCAUCACUCGACCAAACCUGCAUUUGGAUAAACUGUUUGAUCUUGUUUUAUCAAACUUCAGUUACCUAUGUUAUGUUACUUUCUUAUAUUCUGAAUUAGCCAGUCUCUUCUCCAUAUACUCUGCUAUUUUAAAAAUUCCAUUAAUUUUAUAUUUUUCUGUGUGAUUUGUGUCCUCACUUCCCAUUGUUAUGCAAUAACGUCAUUUUAAAUUUUAUUCUCCAUUCGACUAUUUUGUGUUGUACUAUUAAAUUAAAAUAGAUAAAUUAUGAGAGCCAACCAUAAAUACCCCUAAUGAUCAUGGGUAUAUUCUUGAACAGUUGUAUCUAGUACAGUUUUAAAAUAUACAUUUGAAUAAUAAUCACAAUUAAUACAAACUGUGAUCAAAAGCGUGAAUUAGUUUCCAUUUGCGAUGCGAUGUACAUUGACCCUUCUAAAGAUGACGUCAUAUAACAGAACAGAGUAUAAUUAAAACAUAUAGCGUACCUUUCUUACUUUUUCGAGAAUUUAAUAGUUUUUAAGAUAAUUCAGGAGGAUAUUUUGUAAGAUUUUAUAAUGUUAUGCAAAAUAAUAAAAAUAUACUUUUUAAAAUA